UGACCGUGCAGGCGUCACGUGACAUCGCGUGCCAAAUAUGGCGGCCUCCACUGUUUUUCAGAGACUGAGAACAGGCUCAAAAAUAGGUGCUCAAUACGAUCAAGAGGGAAACAUCAUCCAGGUGGAGACACGUGAAGAUGAGGAACAGAGCGUCAAGCUGGCAGAAAUCCUGGAGCUGUUGCUGGCUGCUGGGUAUUUCAGAGCACGCAUCAAGGGCCUCUCACCAUUUGAUAAGGUAGUUGGAGGCAUGACAUGGUGUAUCACAACAUGCAACUUUGACAUAGAUGUUGAUCUGCUCUUUCAAGAAAAUUCCACCAUAGGACAGAAAAUAGCUCUGACAGAAAAGAUCGUUUCUGUGCUACCCAGGAUGAAGUGCCCUCAUAGGCUAGAGCCACAUCAGAUCCAAGGCCUUGACUUUAUCCACAUCUUUCCUGUCAUACAGUGGCUGGUGAAGAGAGCGAUAGAGACUCGGGAGGAAAUGGGAGACUAUGUGCGUGCCUACUCGGUCUCUCAGUUCCAGAAAACGCACACCUUUCCUGAGGAUGAAGAGUUUGAGCAGAGGAAACAAAAAGCAGUAAGAACUGUAGUGGAUGUGUCUAGAGUAUAUGCUCCUCAGAGGCGAUAUAAGAGGCAGGCAGAUGCAGGAGAGCUACUGGAUGAAGAGUCCAGGGUUCAUUCCACCCUGCUCGAGUAUGGCAGGCGUUACGGAUUUAGCAAGCACUCUAAACAGGACAAAGCUGAAGAAAAGAAGCUGCUUUUGGGUCAGGGAGGACAGAGUCUGCCCGCUGGAGUGACCGAAGUUUCAGAGGAGGAGGAUUUACAAGCAGCUGAGGAGCUCAGAAUCAAAGCUCUCAUGACUGGUAUGGCUGCCAUGGCAACAGAGGAGGGAAGGUUGACUGCUAACACAGUGGGGCAGAUUGUGGGGCUACAGUCUGAGGAAAUAAAGCAGAUUGCUUUUGAGUAUGCUGAAAAGGCAGAGCGCUCUGCUGUGGAUGGUACGGAACGGUAUGGCCCUGUGCAACAGCAUCGUCGCGUGGUUACAUCCCUUAACAAACAGAUCCAGCAGAAGACUAAAGAACUGGAGGAGAUGCAGGCCAAGCAGCAGAAUAUGAAGACAGCAUGUGAAGAGGCCAAAAGCAAAUUAACUGAGGCCACUGAGCUGGCUGAGCAGUUGGAGAAGGAACUCAGUUCUUUGGCAGAUGUGGAGGCUCAAGCUGACACUGGUUUGCUUGAGAAGCUUCGCGCUCUGGUGGCCAUGAAUGAGAACCUCAAACAGCAGGAGCAGGAGUUCCGCACACACUGCCGUGAGGAGAUGACACGGCUGCAGAAGAGUAUUGAGGACCUAAAGAUAGAGUUUGGAGAUGAGGCUGAUGAUCAGAAGGAGAGAAGUCGUUUAAUAGAUCAGCAGUACCGCACAGACCGGGAGAAGCUCCAGAAGAUCCGCCUUCUGAUGGCUCGAAGGAACCGGGAGAUUGCCAUUCUGCAGAGGAAGAUUGAUGAGGUUCCCAGCAGAGCUGAGCUUACACAGUACCAAAAACGUUUCAUUGAGCUCUACAGCCAAGUUUCUGCAACACACAAAGAAACCAAACAGUUCUUCACACUCUAUAAUACUCUGGAUGAUAAGAAGGUCUACCUGGAGAAGGAGGUGAAUUUACUCAAUUCCAUCCAUGACAACUUCCAACAGGCCAUGGCAACCUCAGGAGCUAAAGAGCAGUUCCUCAGGCAGAUGGAGCAGAUAGUGGAAGGAAUUAAACAGAGUCGAAUAAAGAUGGAGAAGAAGAAACAGGAGAAUAAGAUGAGGAGAGACCAGCUGAAUGACGAGUAUCUGGAACUACUGGACAAACAGAGACUCUACUUUAAGACUGUGAAAGACUUUAAAGAGGAGUGUCGCAAGAAUGAGAUGCUGCUGUCCAAGCUGAGAGCAAAAGGAGCAUCCUAAAGGUUUUACAAGUUCAUUUCUCCCAUUAUGUUACAACUGUGGAUGAUUAAGUCAACUGUUCUGUACACAAAUUAAUUACAAGCACUUGAUUGGACCCAAAAACUAGAUUUGUAAUAGCUAACCUGUAUAAAUAUUGACCUGUAGCCCAUUUAUGUUUAAUUGUCCAAAUCAUGUUGAGCCAUUUCCUAACAGAUCUCUUACAAUGCCAUGCAUACUUGCACGGGUGUAUUACCCCAAUGUAAAUUGUGUUUAAAAAUCAACAAUCAUAGUGGACUCUGUAUUCCAUUGUUUUGUAAAAAUGUUUACACCAUUAAAUAAACCAUCAUGCAUUCAUCA